AUGGCGGCCACCCAGAAAGUGUUGGCGAUCAUUUUCGAUCUAGAUAACACGCUAAUUGACACAAGAAACGCCGAUACUUUUGCUUUUAAAGAGGUGAAGAAAGUCCUGGUUUCACAGUUCCCUGAUGUUGACGCUGAUGAUGUAGUCAGGGCAUUUAGGAAGUACCUCGUUGAGGCAGAGAAAGAUCCCAACGAAAUCAUACCUGUUGCAGAAUGGCGCACUGAGCUGUGGCAGCGAGCGCUGAACAGUUGCCAUCCAAAAGAUGCUGCAUACCUGCUCUACCGUACUUGGAUGACAGGCCGCCUAGAGCACAUGACCUUCAGCGAGGACGUGAAGAAAUUGCUCGCCCGCUUAUGCAAGGAUUACAAGUUGCUCCUCAUGACUAAUGGACCAUCUGGAAUACAGAGAGAGAAGAUGGCGAAGUGCGGAGCCGACAAGUACUUUGAUGGCAUCAUAGUGAGUGGCGAGCAGCCUCAUCCCAAGCCAGAUAUCUCCAUCUUCGAGACGGCCUUUGAGAUGCUAUCAGCGACACCAGAGGAGUGUAUCAUGGUCGGCGACUGCCUCAGCACUGACAUACAGGGAGGCCUUGAUUCCGGUUGCCGGGCAACAGUGUGGAUCGACCCUCAGCGACAGAACAAAGAGAUCUACUUUCCAAGUCCAACGUACAGUAUUGCCUCAGUCCUAGACUUAGAGAUGGUACUAGAUGACAUCAAUGGUAUCGCCUCCCUAUCUCAGUAAAUUUUUACAAUCUAUGCAUGCAAAAUACAUUUUAUGUAGGUUGGUGAUGUUUUCUCUACCCCGAUCUCAAACAUUCAGAUUUAUUUAUUAUACCAUGUAGUUAACUUUGAUUUCCCAAUGUAUCUUUCACCUCGCAAACUGUUCUCCAAAAUUUAGACAACUUAAAGGCAACCAACUGCACUGAAUGAAAAAAGGGACUAUUCAUUUUUACAUUAAUUCUCUAAUCGUGUCUUUCUAUCUCCAAAUAAGAUUAUGUGAAAAAUUAAAAGUGUUUUUUCUUUGUGUAGAUUGGAAUUGGUUGCUUUCAAAUCGGCUUGUAUGGCAUGGUGGCAACUUUAAACAAAAUUUAAAUAGCAAAGACAAACUCAAACUUAUCUAUAUUUUACUUUGGAUUUCAUUUGAUCUGAUUUUUUAGCAUUGUGCGGUUUAUGAUGCAUGACAGGUCACAAACCACUACACACGCAUGUGGGGUUGUGGAAUCUUGGGAGUUUCAUUUUAGUGUCCUGCGCAUUAAGCAGACAAUUGUGACUGUUUUAAUGUCAGGUCAUGAGUAUGGACAAACCUCAGAUACCAUUGGUUCAGUUUAUAUUUAUUUUGAUUUGACAAACAACAAACUAAAAAAAUCCCCAAAUGAAAUUUUUCAGUUGAGAUCGGGGUGUAGAUACUAUUAUCGGCAGAAAACUAGAGGCUUUGACAAGAACAGAACAAAGUAAUGUGUUAGUAGAAAAAAAAGUAUUUUUUGAAAACAUUAUUUUUGUUGCUGUUGACCCACCUACAUGUACUAACUAUCUCAAGAUAUAAAUUAUCUCAAUUAUAAAUUAAUUAUAGAACCUGGCUGUUGGUUAAUGCAUUUCCUUCAAUUCAAAUAUUUCCAGAGAAUGUUGCCCGACAAAAUGUCUAAACGGGAAAAAAGGCAUUCCAACUUUCAGCCAGUUUAGCUAACGCAAAUAUUUACCAAAAAAAUAUGUGUGUGAGUUUGUGCAAUGUGCUCGCAGUGCAAAAAGGAAAUGUACAAUACGAUAAAGUUGCACUGCCAGGAGAAAUUACUUGUAAGGAAGAAGAGGAUGAAAAAUCAAACAAAUAAUGACUGAAAUUCUUUAAAAAAUACUUAAUAACAACGAUAUUUUUGUACAGAGUCUAAUGAAAUCUGAAGUAUAAGUGUAACUGUGGUCUGGCAGGAAAAAAAGUUAUGCUUAGAUGCUUGUACUGAAAUCAAUGACGUUUUUUAAUUCCUCUCCCAAUGAGUCAAUACACUGUUCAGUGUUUAGUUUUCAAUUGAUCCAUGGGACUUUUUGUUGUGCUUGUUUUUUUUUUGUUUUUUUUAAGUACACAUAUUUAUUGCCUCUGACACUUUGUAUUUUGUAUGUCCGUAUGUUUUGGUUGUGUGUCCUUACAUGUUGAAUAUUCACGUGUUUAAUUAAUGACUUGCAUAGUCACUGAAACUUCACACUUCGGUUGUGGAGUGUAUACCUUUAACACAAACUGUGAGAGCAUAGUUUUGUGUUCAUGAAGAGCCAUGAGCCAUGAAGAUGUUUGAAGUUAUGGUAUGUUACAUACUGUGUGAUGCAGUAUUGCCUGUAGGUACCUGAUUUCUACAGUUAGGAAACUCUAUGACAUUAGUGUAAGAAAUUGUUUGUGCUGAACAGUCAAGUAUGUUGUCAGGUUGAAUGUACAUAUUAUGCGCAUUGUGCCUACGAUGUUUGUACAAGUACAGCCUGUAGUACAGACCAGUCCAAAUAAUUAUAUAUUGCACAUUCCUGUACCUCUGAUGUUUUCUGCCAUUUUAUCCUACAUGUACAUGUAUACUGUGAUAUACAUGUAGCACCCUUGGUCAAGGAUGCACAGAACAAUACAUGUUCCAUGCUGUGUGCUUUGAUGCAAACAAACGAAACAGUGAGUUUUAAGACUGCACAAUGUACAGUGUAGUUGCUUGUAUUCUUAUUACACUGUUCAUGUUACAAACAAAUGAACAAUCGCCAUGACCUGUCCAUGACCUGUCCUUCCUGUACAAUUUGGAGGUUACAUGACAGCCAGGCCAAAUUUCAUAAAUUUGUCUGGCCAAAAAUACUGAUUUAAUUUAUUUGCUAAGCAAAGAAUUGAUAAGGGAACCAAUCACAACGAUUUUAACUUAAUGGAUUGUUGGAUGGUAACUUGUUUUUGCUAUGCAAUGUUUUCAUGUGCUUAGCAAGUUUUUGUGUUUUAUGCAAUUUUUGAAAUUGGACACUGGUGUGUACUCUGUGUUCAUGCUUGUCAUGGUCUGCAUGUAUGUGUUGUACAUGUGCAUACGUCCUGUGCAUACAUUUGUGAUACACAGUGUAUUUUGUAUUCAUACAUUUUACAGUGUAGAGUCAACUUAUCCCUAAUAAAAAAAGUCAAACUAAUAUUUCAAAGAAUAUCUUGCCGCCAUACAGACUACAUACAAGCACAGACAAUCACAGACAAUCUUAAUCAUCAAUCAAAUUUAAAAAAAAGAGUUGUUUAAUUUAGGGUUUUUUUAUAAGCAAAAUUGGACAAUCCAAGUGCCUAUGAAAUUACAACUUACUUUCAGAUCACAAAACAUAAAAAGCAGGUGUUAUUUGAACUAUAAUUAUUGUUCCUGAUACAUGAAUGCUGAUUAAAAUGAAAACAACCGUUGAUCAAGAACUAAAAUCUCAAAAACAAAUUUAUGCAACGACAAAAUCACUGAACUUAACAGUUGAAGUGUGUUGUUUUGAUGUUAACAAAUCAUCUUUCUGUCGGUAUGCAUUCUGAGAUGUCUUUUUGAGUGUCUGCUUAAUAUGUAAAAUUGUAUGUGUUGGUUUUUUUUUUCCAGGUUUUUUCAAAUGUUACUUUUUCAUUUGUUUUUUGUUAAUGUAUUUUUUUUUUCAGGGGGAAAAUGGGUGGAUUAUUUACUGUGAUAUUCUAAUUGCAAUAUAAGGGUCUUUGUUCCCAUUUUAAACAGUACUUUGACACACAAUUAAAAUAUCAGAUUAACUGAGAACAUUUUUUACAAAGAAGAUAUUACACAACUGGUUUAGUCGAUCAAAAACAACAAAACCACCAGGCUUGUGCGUUCUUCAUUUUACUGGCCCAAUGCUAAAAGCACUGGCCUAGGCCCUGCAGUCUAGUGUUAAUUUCUAGCCCUGAUGUAAAUGUGCCAGGCCUUGAAAUUCAUUCUUAAAGGGGAACAGCAAUUUUCCUCUUGUAAGGGACACUUCUAUUUGAACAAUUUAAAAUUGUAAUGGAACUUACAAAGGGCACUGCAGCAAAAGCACAUGGCAUCACGGCUGUGGGUGCCUUGAUGUACUGUGCUGUAAAUUCAACCAGUGCAUUUUUUAAAUGAAAAUUUACAUGAGACAUAUUUCCUUGUUGAGUUGUACAUUACAUAAAGGCUUUCAUACUGUUAGUCUACUGGACUUAGUUCAGUGUUUGUCUGAAUACCUAAAACACUCUCAUACGGUAUGUACAUGUACUGUAGUUAUUUGCUAAACAAGCAAACUGCUUGGCAUGUACGUAGCUUCUAAAGCAAGCAUAUAAGUAUGGCUUACUUCAGAAGAUGGUGGUACAGAGUCAAUUAAGUGUAUUUUCAUGGUAGUCAGCAGGGAUAGUAACCCAUAAUUUUUAGUAGCCCUGAUGAGAUUUUGGUGGCCCGAAAAACACAAUAUGUUUUUAGUUAUGGCACAAAUUGGUCACCGAAAGUAUUUCAUUUUACAAUUUCAUCAGCACAGGUCAUUUUUGUUCGUGAUGUUGAUUUACUGUUUUAUUUUCCCACUAGCCCUCCAGGCUAUCAAACUGGAUAAAUGAGUAGCCUGGCUGAAAAUCUGGUAGUCCAGGGCUAGCGAGCUACUGGCAAUUUCGACCCCUGUGGUAGGUCCCUGUUGGAAAGUUUACCAUCCACCUAUUUAUGCAAUCUUUCAAUUGUUUGUUGUUUACAUGUUUGUGUUGUUUUUGUUUUUUGAAUGACAAGCCUAGGCUCUGUAGAGUAUUUAUUUAGUAGGCUUGUUUAACUUGUUGAGUCCAUGGAUCACGGAGGAAUUUGGGACCAUAAUAUGAACAUGGUACGAUGUAGCAAUACAUUUAUAGAAGGCAUAAUCAACUGAAUGUUUUUUUUUGUUUUUUUGUUUUUUUUUAGAGUUUGAAAUGUGAUUUUUUUUUCUAUGGGACUUUGGAUGGUUUUUAUCAGAAUUGUUUGAUUUAAGAGAAAUUAAUGAAUUUUUCAACAGGGUUUUAUGUGUGAGCAUUUUAAACAUCUGAAAUUGGUGCCUUUUUCAGCCUGUGCAAUUCGGGUUCGAUUUUCCAUUCCAGUUUAUCUUGUAUUAUUAUUUGGGAGGGUUUUAAUAGUAGUAAGUUUCCAACACAGUUGGACGAUUUUGGGUCACACUUUAUCUACCUUACUAGACUUGUGGACUAGUCGUUAAAUGUCUGUCACGAUGAUAGUGUUUCGACUCUAUUUCGAAUCUCCCUGCGAUUUCCGCGGUAUUCUCGCGAGACUGCUGGCCCCUGCUCUCACAACUACGGUCCCAUUAAUGGGGAGUAGAAGUCGGCAACCAGCAGGUCGCGCGAGAGCAGUGAUCUCGUGAGAGCACUGCCACAACUUGACUAUAUCACCGCGGCAGACCAAUGACUUUUCCACAAGUCUACUACCUUACUAGUUCACACAUUAUCAAAUAAUGAUCUUUGUGAACUGAAAAUGUGGAAAAUGCGGCUCUUCACUGGUGGUGUAUGUAUGCUGCAUUUACAGUCAACAGUAGCUGUGUUAUAAAUACAUCUACAGGGGUUUUGUCUGGUACACAGGUUCAAAUAAGUACAUUUUUCCUGACCUUUUGCUCAACACUUUCAUAAUAUCUAAGACAUUUGGAAAAUGUCCAUCUUUAAAGGUAGUGUCAUAGAUUGGUUUUUGUCAAUGUAAUGCUGAUUUAUAGGCAAAAAAAAAAAAAAAAAUACUAUACAAGUCACCUGUCAUGCCUGCUGAUGAAGUGUCAACGUACUGAGAAAACGUCACAACACUGUCACAGUAUUUUCUCAAGAACUUUGAAUCCAUCUUCAAUAGUGAUAUGACAGCAACCACAUCCCUCGCAGCAUUUGCAAAUGGACACCAACCCUCAGAAAUCUUAGAAAACAAUUCAUGUAGAUUCAAAUGUUUGUAGUGACAAAUUUUCCAAACUUCAUUAUUUUGAAAGGAAUCCUUUCUCAAAAUAGUUUAUACUAUCAACAGCUGCAGUGCUUCUCAUCAAGUCAUUUUUAUGGUAAUUAAUUUUGGAGAGUUAAUCAAUCUAUGACCCUACCUUUAAACCAAGAAAAUGGUUUAAGGUUUUCAAACUAAUAAAAAAAUAAAGAUUUCUGUUAUUCAUCAGAGAAUAUUUCAUCUCACAAUGACUACCCAGUACUACCUCCAUUAUAUGCUAUCAUGAGGACUCGGUUAGGCACAUUGUACAAUGUGUUCAUUACAAUGUACUUCAACUGUAGGCACCACAGCCAAUCAACUAAGUUUAUUAUUCUUUAUGGUAUUCACUUUAACCUCUUAAUUUUGUGCCAAAUUUAAUCGCGGUCCAUCCAGAGAACAUGGUGCAGUAAAUAGACCGACAUUUCAGUCGAAUAGAUGGAUUGCAUUACGCUUCUUUGACCGCCACUUUUGAUGUAAAACAAGGGAAAAGUGCACGCAGGUACGCGCUAGCAUGACGUUCAGCCAAUGAUAGCUCUUCAAGCAUGCAUUAUUCAUCAAAGAUGGCAGCCAAUGAUGUCUAUUGCAAUCCAUCUAUUAUAUAUAUACUAUCUAUUGAUCCCUUUGCAAGACACGCCUACUCUCUUUCCUACCAUUUUGGGAGUUGACCGACCCCAAAAUGGUGGAAGUGGUUAAAGCCAUUGGACCCUUUCGGUACUGAAAAAAAA